AUGCAGCCCCCGUGUUCACUCCAGCUCGGCCCCUGUGGCCCCUCUCCGUCGCUGGGAUCGCAGGACGGCACAGCCAACCUCCAGCAGCUGGGAGAAAAGCUGCUCUUUGAGAAGUUUUGGAAGGGCACUUUCAAGGCUGUGGCCACCCCAAGACCAGAGAGUGUCAUUGUGGCCAGCAUCACUGCCCGCAGGAGGGUGACUGACUCAGAAAUAACAGCCUGUCAGCCGCUAAAGACUGAUGAGAGGAAAGCGGCGGUCACCAGGGCCGACACUGCCGACCGAAAUGGCUGCAUCAAAGGCAAAGGACGCAGACACCACGGUCAUCGCAGGGUCAGGAGCCCCUCCUUUGAUGAGGAACUCUCCCCACGUCCCAAGGGGAAGAAGAAGAAGAGAAAGUCUGAACGGAGGAGGAAAAGGAAAAGGUCUCCUUCCCAGAGCCUGUCGCCACUGAGGAAGAAGAAAAAGAAGAAGAAGAAGAGCUCCAAGAAAAACAAACGGCAUAGGUAUACCUCCAAGAAGUCAAAACACAGCUCCUCCAGUUUAAAACACAAGAGGCGGGACGAGCGCAAGCACAAGAAAAGCUCCCGGACUCACUCACGGCGAAGACGACGCUAUCGGAGGUCAGAGUCGGACAGUUCUUCCUGCCAUUCUUCCACAGAGGACAGAAACCGUCUGCAAAAAUCUGUGGUACAUCAGGCACUAGGAGACCUGGCAGCCGUUGGAGCGGAAACCGAUGGAGCGCUCCACCACACAGACUUUAAGUGGAGACCUGCAACCAAAUCUGUGUGUAAAACGGCCCCAAAAUAUCGCUCCAUCCUCUCAACAGGCACCAUUUUGUCGUCAAAACCUGGAAGCGAGCUCUUACACGGAAAAGGGUCUCAGCAUUUCUCGAGCCAUACCGAAGGUCCGCACGAUUACGAUUCUGGGAAUGACACGUCUUCACCGCCAUCGAGCAAAACUGGUGUUUCUCGGGCGAGUGUCACUGACAACAAGAGGAGCCAUUGUCGACGCCUGGCCUCUCCAGAGAAGCUGAAGUUCACUGACAGAGACAAUGCCUCAGAUUCAGGAAACUCUGUGACCAGCUACGCUUCCUUAUGCAAAGCGUACAGAGAGGAAGGCUUGUCUGCAACCCUUUUCAGUGGAAACAGCAAGAGAGAGCAGAUAACCUUGGGGUGUCGGGUAGAAGUUGUGGGACCUCCAGAGACUUCCGGCUGUUCACAGAAGAUGAGCAAGUCAUCGCGAAGGCGACUGAAAACCCGGUCAUCCAGCAGAUCCUCGGGGAGUUCCAGAUACUGCGGACGCUACUCUCGAAGCCCGUCGCUGUCAUCUUGCAGCUCGCACUCGCGCUCUCCGAGUUAUUCAGCUGACAUGAGGCGACGAGGCAGCGUCGCCAGCCUGAGCUCCAGAGGAAGCUUCUCCAGAUACAGUGCUGACAGACUACGAGACAGAAAGAGAGCCCAUAGCUUCAGAGAGACAGAUGUGAAGCAUGCACAUAAGGUUAGUGGCAAGAGACGAAGACGCAAAUCCUACUCCCCCAUGAAGAAAAGGAGGAGAGACUCCCCAAGCCAUCUGGAAGCACGCCGAAUCACAAGUGCCAGGAAGCGACCCAUCCCUUACUUCCGACCCAGUCCUUCAUCUAGCAGUCGGUCCACCAGCGUGUCGUCCUGGAGCAGCCUCUUCACCCGCAGCCACUCUCGCAGCCCAAUUCACAGCGUGAGCAGGAGCAGGAGCAGGAGCCGGAGCCAUAGCCGGAGCCGGAGCCGGAGUCGGAGCCGGAGCCAAAGUUACUCCUCCUACAGGAGCUACAGUCGCAGUUCAUCCUGGGACUCAAUCUUUGGGACCCGCAGUCGCAGCCGGAGUCGCAGUUCGUUGAACAAACGCAACAAAACCAGGCAUUAA